AUGUCAACAACUUUUGCUGUUGUCUCCAAGCCAAGGUAUUUUUGUGCACUAAGUAUACUUGUUAUAGGGAAGCAACGACCUACGAUGGAAUGGAGCACGGGAUUGAAGAUUGCUCUUGGAUCUGCUAAAGGACUUUCUUACCGAAAUAAUGGAGCCUUUCUUACCGAAAUAGUGGAGCCGAUAAAGAAGUCCACUGAACUAGCACCACUCUUGGAUAAAAUUACUACCAGUUGA